CUCCCAUUGAAAAUAUAUCACAAGCCAUGUUAUGACGUGUUUGUAAGCAGCCCCAUGAGAUAUUUUCGUCUGUAAUAGAUCCGUAAAUCAUCAAUCCAGAAUUUGUUGUAAGUAUAACCGCAAUAUCUAUAUAUUAAUUUUUUUCAAAUAAAAAACUGGUUGGAUGUGUUUCAUUCCUUGAAACGGAACGCUUGCCACCUUAAUUACAUGGUAAGACUGCAUUGACUUUCUAAAAACAUAAAAUCCAUCGCGUCCAACACGAGCCGGCAUCAUGUAUUCUAUUUUGUCUCAUGUAUUGGUUCUAUUUUAUCUUGUCAUACAAGAAAGAUAAUCUGCAUAGCGCUGAUUAUUGCCUAAAACAAUCAAUGAGAAUUCAGAUGAUGCCACAACUAUGGUAUCAAACUUUGUCAAGACCCCAGCUUUGCAUAACAACGCAAUGCGAGCUCCAAAAAAAAAAAAAACCCUCCGUUCAUAAAUUUUUAUGCAGUCGUGUUUUCUGGAUUAUCUUUCGGCGUAUUCCCUACAUAUGGCAUGCCAUUCUAAAAAAUAUCAAGGAUCGUGCAAUAUCGUAUGCCGUGCUUUUUUUUUUUUUUGUUCACUCAAGGCUCAGCCACGUCAGCGCCAAAAUGACCAAGACCGAGCUCAUAAAAAAGGUCUGGUUACCAACUCUGCGGACCAAAGUUUUACAUCCUUUGCGUGACUUGCUGGUGGUUUACCUGUAUAGAUGGAUUACAAAAUAUGUCACUGGUGUAUGGUAAUUUGUCUUUGAAUGAGGUGCACAGCCUGCAGACCAGUUGUCUUUCACGUGCCAUAACUUCAUGGAACGCAUCGUUUGGGAAAGCGCAUAAUAUAUUUGAUUGCUUUCAGAUAGUCCCCAUGCAACGCCAAUUCGUCCAAACCACACAACCAACAUAACCAUUGAAGAGACUCCACCACGUUGUCCACCGGUUAUAUAGGUUGAUGUUAUCCCGCGGCAACCGUCGACGCGACAAAAAGACGAUGACUUCAGCAGGCAGUAUACUGUGAAAGAUAGAUCCACCCUUUUUUUUUCCUAUUAAUGAGAAUAAGUUCUUUGCCUGUUAAAGGUGUGGCAUUAAUCGCGGGUUGCCAAGGGGAUAUCCAAGAUUUCACCCAUGGC